AUUCUCUCUCUUUCUCUCUCCUCCCCCCCGCCUCGCUCCCCUCAGAUCCCGAUCUCCCUCCUCGAUCCCGUCCAUGGCGUCGCCGUCGCGGCCGCCGCCGCCCUUCGCGCCGCAAAACCCUACCCCUGCCCCCAACCCGGCCGCUUCCUCCCUCCCGGCGUCCUUCUCAAACCUCCACGUCUCCCGCGCGCCCCCGCCCUUCGCGCCGCCCGGGGGGAAUGGCCCCGUGCCCUCGUCGAUCCGCGCGCCGCAGGCACCGCCCCCCGGUGCGAGACCGUUCCCCGGGAGCCCGCCUCCCCCGUCGCAGCCGCCGCCGCCGUUCGCGCGGCCCGCGGCGCCGGUGCAGCAGCAACCUCCUCCCUUCGGUGGCCCGCCCGGAGUGAUGCCUUCGCAGCCGCUGCAGCAGCAGCAGCAGCAGCAGCGGCCUGCCUUCGGUGGUCCGCCGUCCGGUGCCCCGCCUGCGCAGGCGCAGCGGACGCCCUUCGGAGGGCCGCCCUCGGCGAUGUCGCAGGGUCCGCUGCCAUUCGGUGGCCCGCCCGCGGCGGUGGCGUCGCAGCCUCCUCCUUUCGGUGGACCGCCUGUGGCGGCGGCGCAGCCUCCCCCAUUUGGCAGGCCUCCGUCUGCAGCAGCAGCAGGUCAAUCGGCUCCGCUGGGUGGGGCUCUGUUUGCAGCGGCACAGCCACCUCCAUUCGGCGGGCCACCUGGGGCAGCGCCGCAGCCGGCGCCCACUGGUGGGUUGAGGACGCCGUAUGGAGGGCCACCGGCGCCAUCGCAGCAGGUUCCGUUUGGUGGAGCACCACAGUGGCCAGGAACACAGCCUCCGCCUUUUGGGGCUCAGGCUGCGCCGUCGUCCCAGCCACCUCCGUUCAUGGGGGUGCCAGGGAAUGCUCCGCCAUUCAGGCCUCCGGGUUGGCAAGGGCAAGCACGACCAGGAGCUAUGUCUGCUGGUAUGCAGCUAAUGCCUGGCGGCAUGCUGCCCAAUGCUCUAGGACAAGGGAUGCCGUCCACACCCUCAAUGCCAUAUUCUCCACAUGCUGGAGCCCAGGUCUCUACCCCAUCCAAAAUUGAUCCUAAUCAAAUACCACGUCCAAUGCCUGAGACGUCAGUUGUCAUUUUUGAGACCCGGCAAGGUGGCCAAGCAGCUGUUCCACCGGCUGCGUCCAGUGAAUUUAUUGUCAAGGAUACAGGUAACUGCAAUCCACGUUUGAUGCGGUGCACCUUAAAUCAGAUACCAUGUACAGGAGAUAUCUUGACAACAUCAGCAAUGCCAUUGGCCUUGAUGGUGCAACCUUUUGCACUUCCUCAUCCUUCCGAGGAGCCUAUCCAGCUUGUGGACUUCGGAGGGAUGGGACCUAUUAGGUGUUCACGCUGCAAAGCAUACAUAAAUCCUUUCAUGCGAUUCAUUGAUCAAGGGAAGCAUUUUGUCUGUAACUUAUGUGGGUUUAGCAAUGAUACUCCAAGGGAGUACUUGUGCAACUUAGGUCCUGAUGGUAGGCGACGCGAUGCUGAUGACAGGCCUGAAUUAUGUAGGGGAACAGUUGAAUUCAUUGCCUCCAAGGAAUUUCUGGUUCGUGAUCCAAUGCCAGCUGUGUAUUUUUUCCUCAUUGAUGUCUCCAUGAAUGCCAUACAGACUGGUGCAACAGCUGCAGCUUGCAGUGCAAUUUCCCAGGCUCUUUCGGACCUUCCUGAAGGUCCUCGAACAAUGGUUGGGAUUGCCACAUUUGAUUCCGCUAUUCAUUUCUACAGUCUUAAACGUGAUCAGCAACAGCCUUUGAUGCUUAUUGUUCCAGACAUCCAAGAUGUGUACACUCCACUUCAGACUGACCUGAUUCUCCUGAUUUCUGAGUGCCGUGAGAAUUUGGAGCAAUUACUGGAGAGCAUCCCUAACAUGUUCGAGAACAAUAGGGUCGCUGAUUCAGCAUUUGGGGCAGCUAUGAAGGCCAGUUUCCUUGCUAUGAAGUCUACUGGUGGAAAACUACUCGUGUUCCAGUCAGUACUACCAUCAGUUGGAAUUGGUUCAUUAUCUGCCAGGGAAGCUGAAGGUAGAUCAAAUAUUUCCACUGGAGAUAAGGAAGCACAUAAGCUCCUGCAGCCUGUUGAUAAGACUCUGAAGACGAUGGCACUAGAAUUUGCAGAGUAUCAAGUUUGUGUGGAUGUGUUCCUUACUACACAAUCAUAUGUAGAUAUUUCUUCUAUAUCAGUUGUUCCUAGUACCACUGGUGGCCGGGUGUACCAUUAUUAUCCAUUUUCUGCCCUUUCUGAUCCAGCCAAGCUGUUCAAUGAUCUCAGAUGGAAUAUCAGUAGACCCCAGGGAUUUGAGGCUGUCAUGCGUGUGAGGUGCAGUCAAGGACUUCAAGUUCAAGACUAUUCUGGCAACUUCUGCCGGCGUGUUCCUACUGAUAUUGAUCUCCCUGCGAUUGACUCGGACAAAACCAUAAUGGUCACCUUUAAGCAUGAUGACAAAUUGCAGGAGAAUUCAGAAUGUGCUUUCCAGUGUGCACUUCUUUACACGACGGUAUAUGGACAAAGAAGGAUACGGGUCAUAAACCUCUCACUUUCAUGCACAAAUGUGCUCAGCAACCUUUUCCGAUAUGCUGAUCUGGAAACACAGUUUACCUAUGUUGUGAAGCAAGCCGCAAAUGCCAUUCCAUCAACACCUCUAUCCCAAGUUAGGGACCAAGUGACGAGCACAUGCAUCAAUAUACUCCAGUCUUACCGAAAACAUUGUGCAUCUGUAAGUUCUUCGGGACAAUUGAUUCUUCCUGAGGCUCUAAAGCUCCUGCCUUUGUAUACGCUAGCAUUAAUUAAAAGUGUUGGAUUGAGGACUGAUGGGAGAUUGGAUGAUCGGUCCUAUUGGGUGUCAACUGUCUCUUCAAUUUCUGUGUUACUAGCCAUUCCAUUGGUGUUCCCUAGGAUGAUUGCCCUCCAUGAUCUUGCGUCAAGGAGUGAUGAUGAUUCCCUUAUACCAAACCCCCUUACACUCAAUAGUGAGAAUACGCUUGAUUUUGGAAUUUAUUUGUUGGAAAAUGGUGAGGAUGGUUUUGUUUAUGUCGGAAAUGCAGUAAACCCUGCCACCCUUGAGCAAAUAUUUGGUGUUUCAUCUUUGGCUGGAGUACCAAAUCAGUUGGUAUUGGAGCAAUAUGAUAACGAACUUUCCAGGAAAGUAAAUGAAGUGGUGAAUGAAAUAAGGCGACAGAGAUGCUCCUAUUUGAGAUUGAGACUAUGCAAACAUGGGGACCCAUCUGGAGAUUUCUUCCGCUCACUAUUGGUCGAAGACAAGGCACCUGGUGGCCUUUCUUAUGUAGAGUUCCUUGUACAUGUUCAUAGGCAAAUCCAAAGCAAGAUGACCUGAGGUGGGACCCCAUCUCGUUGUUGUAAUAUUUUGGUAUAGUAGGAACCCCAGAAGAAAUUGAUCUCGGAUGAUGAUACACCAAAAGGAAUGGAGCAGGUACUCUCCAAAGCGCUAAUUGAAAUGGCCCUUGGAGACUUGUUGCAGAUUUUCCAGGAUUUCGCAAUAUUUUGAAGCAUCGAUUUUGGCCUCGGUGAUAUAUGUUUGUGCAUAGAGAUGAGCCAGGUGGAGUUAUUGGUCUUAGAUUGUGGAACUAUUUAUUUGUCUUUUGAACAGCUGCUGUAUUAUGUUGAAAGGAAGCAAAGAGAUGAGUUGACCAAUAAUAUUGUAUGGCUAGUACUUGUCAUAUGUCAUAUGCAUGUACUGAUGUACCAAUUGCAUGUAAAGUUCACAAUUCAUAAUAGUGGGGAGAGCAUGUUCGAGUUCGACUACCCCUUUCACUGGAAACAGUGGUGAGGCCGUGAGGGUAACCUUCCAUAACCCUUCUGAAAUAUGUUAUAAAAGGUUGAAUUUC